CUGCAGCCCCCCCAGCCCUCCCCCUGCGUGACCAUUUCCAAAGCAGUGUUUCCUCCUGGCACUUCGUGCGGGUGCUGCCAUGCGCACACCGCAUCCAAACCCAUCAGCGCUGCCGUGCCCAGCAGCGCCAACAGCUCAGAGCUUUUCACCUACUCCCGGGUUGGGUGUUUUUCUUUUUCUUUUUUUUGCUGGAUUCCGAUCCGCCAGCUUGGCAGCUCCCCAGGUUUAAUUUGUUUUCGCUGAAACACUUUGCUUUCUUGGUGUGCUUCUCUCCUUUGACGGGUGUGAAAUACUCACGGAUCGUUCUCGCUGUCUGCCCUUCCCAAUCUGCAGCGGGACGGCUGCAACUGUCUGCUUCCCUCUGCUGGCUGCUGCUCCCCGGGCACGGCGCCGGACAGACGGACGGAUGUGUCUGCACAUCUGCACCCAAGCGCUGUCCAACCUGCUGCCGUCCACAGCACGCAGCCCUGCUGCCAGCCUGGGGAUUGGCGUGGGGUACCCAACGCUGCCCCCAGAGAAAGGCCCUGGGCUGGUGGGGGCAGAGCUGCAGCACCGAGCUCUGCUGGCUCAGCAGAAUGAGACCCUUCUCUGGGUCUGUGUCCGUCACCAGGGGACAGAGGGGAGGUGACAGGCUUUGCUGAAGCUCCGUGACCUCAUGGCUGUGGGAAGGUGGUCCUGCCACGGUGGCUGGAGGUGGUGAUACAGUGAGCAGCGGAGGCAGCCCCAGAUGGAGAGGAAAGAGACCGUGGGGCUGGUGGCCUGGCAGUGUCACCGACAUCCCGACCUGCUGGCACAGAGCUGGGAGCGACAGUCCCAAACCGCUCACUUCCAAACUCCCGGGGUACACCAUCCCUGAGCGUGUGGGAAAACAGCCCCGCGUGCUCCUCGCAGGGACCCACCUGCCCUGCUCCUCUCAGCGCCCCACGGGGCCCAGGCUGACCCCCAUCUGUGUCCGACAUCCCAAACUGGGGCUGCUGGGACAGCCGGGACCGGUGCCAGCGUGGUGAUGUUGGCCUCGGGGAGCACGAACCAGUUCCUGACUGCGCAGCGGGCCCUGCCCUGUUAAUGAGGGAUAAUGAGGUGCUUCUCCUGGUGCUGCAGACUUUGCCUCCAGGCCAUGCUGGCUGCCAGCGCUGCCCCCAGCAGGCAUCAGCCCCAGACGGUGACCCCGGCACAGCUCCGUGGGGAUUUGUCCCUUUUUUUGACUUUUAUUUUGCUGGGUGAAGGGCUCUGCACACUCUGCACACUCAGGGUUCAUCCAUCCACCCGGGAUGCUGUGACUGUCACUCUGUUCAGCAGCCCAUGGCCAGCACCGUGCCCCCAAAUGUCCCCGCGGGCACAGCACAGCAGGGCCAGCUUCUGCCGGGUGCUGGCAUGGGAACAGAUGGAGCUGUCAUGGUUGGGAACGAGACGGGCUGGAAAGGCGCCGGUGUUUUGCCACUGGGGAGGGAGGAGUCUGGCGGGACCAGGCUGUGCUGCAUGGCCCCAGCCCUGCUCAGUGCGGUCACAUGAAGCUGGGGAUGCUGUCCUCACUGUGGAACGGACUGAGGACAAGAAGUCAUUUUCCUUGGAGGGGUUUCUGGGGAGACAGGAACUCUGUGCUGGGUGCUGAGGGCUUGGAGCAGCACCCUUGGGUGCAGGGCUGGUGGGUACACAGCCACCUCGGGGUGAUGGCAUGGGGAUUUCCAUCUGCAGAUGUUCCCUCUUGGGCUCCCUCCCCGCAGUCCCUGCAAGUUGGUGCUGCACCCACAGCAUCGUGCUCAGGUGGCACUGCACCCCAUAACUCCAUGUAUGAGACCCAUACCCCUCUUCUACGACUGCUGCUGCACCCCACAGCCCUCUCUCCUGGAUGCUUCUGAACCCCAUAGCCCCCUGCCCCAGAUGGCCCUGCACCCACAGCCCUCUGUCCUUGCCGGUACUGCUCCCCAGAAUCCCCUGCCCUGGCUGUCACUGCACCCCACAGCUCCACGUGCAGGUGCUGUUGCCCCCCAUAGCCCCGCAGCCAUCUGGUGCUGCACCCACAGCCCCCAUCCCACGGGCACUGCACCCACAGCCCCCUGCGGCCCCCAGUCCCGUAGGGCUGCAGCUCCGUGCCUCGUCUUCUCCCUGCUGCGCCUUUGCCCACGCUGCGCCGCGGGCUGUUUGCACGGGGCCCCAGGACUGCACCCGCCCGCGGGCACCCUGAAAGCACCGUGCGGGUGGGUGCAGCGGGGCCGUGUCGGGCCUGGCCAGGCUUCGCCUGGGCGUGAAGGGUGCUGCACAGCAGGAGGGGCCAGGCGAGGCGGGGAAGGAAUGCAAGUGGGAGAGCGGCCGGGCAUGUAGCGACAGAUCCUGGGGAGCGCGGAGCCGGGGAUCCCACACGCUGCAUGGGGCAGGACGCCGAGCCUCAGCCAUAGGGACGGCGGCAUGGGGCAUCCCGGCGCUGCCGCCCCGCUGUGAGAGCCGACGGGGGCCGUCCCGGGGGCACCGAGCUGCGGGGGUCCCGGCAGCCGCGUGGGGAGGGGUGGAAAUCCCCAGCGGGGGAUGCGCGGCUGCAGGAGCUGAGGAGCCGCCAUGACCCCCGAGAAGGUGCUGCGGGAGGGGGUGCUGGAGAAGCGCAGCGGGGGGCUGCUGCAGCUCUGGAAGAAGAAGCGGUGCCUGCUGACCGAGAAGGGGCUGCAGCUCUUCGAGCCCAAGGGCUCGCGCCGCAAGGAGCUGAGCUUCGCCCGCAUGAAAGCGGUGGAGUGCGUGGAGUGGAAGGAGCGGCACAUCUACUUCACGGUGGUGAUGGACGACAGCCACGAGAUCGACUUCCGCUGCGCCCAGGAGGACCCGGGCUGGAAUGCCGCCAUCACCAUGGGCCUCGUCCGCUUCAAGAACCAGCAGGCCAUCCAGGUGGUGCGGGCACGGCACAGCUGCAGAGCAGUGGUGCAGUACGACGCAGCCGCAGCGGGACAGCGCGUGGCCAUGCAGCGUCCCCGGAGCAGGAUGGAGACAGCACUCGGCUCGGUGGGCGGUGGGGAGAACGGGAUCCCGGCUGGAAACUGAACCCUUGGGGCCCCCCAGGAAAGCCAGUGCAGGUGUUGGCCCCAGUGCCAUGGGGCAGGAUGGCAAGGCACCAGGGCAUGGCUGCGGGGCUCUGGCUGCAUCCACUUGGACCGAUGGGGCAAAGGGCACAGCCAAGGCCACCACCUGGGGCUCCCGAAGGUGACAGAUGAGGCCAGGACCGAGGCGGACUGAUGGAGAUUCCCAGGCCUCUCCUGCAGGACAGGGGAUGGGAUGGGUGAAGCUGAGCCCAAAGGAAGCAGCGCGGUGCUGAGCCGUGGGACAUCGGAUCUGGAUGGGGGCACGAACCCCCUGAGACCCCACAUGGAGAAAGGACUGGAGAGGGGACCCCUCGGUCACCAUGCCGGGUUGGUGCGGUGACGCGGCCGCGCCGCUGGAUGCUGCCCUGGGGAUGGCAAUGUGACAACAUGGGCCCCAACUCCUUGUACCGAGUGCACCCCAACAGGCCCUUCUGCUGCUUUGUUCUUGUUGCUUUGUUUUGCGGGACCACUCAGUUUACGGGAGAACACUAAUCCUGCACAGAGCUUCAUGGGUUGUGCAUAGACAUCCCCUUAAAUCCGCCAGCAUCCCACAGCCAGGCUCCUGUGCCCCCCAUCCCGCUGUCCCCUGGUGUUCCCAUGGUGGCUUGGGUUAGGGCUGGGGUUGGGGUCAGGGUCAGGGUUAGGGUCAGGGCUUGCUGCCCGGCGGUGCAGGCAGGGGAGCAGGAGGGGCAGGGAUCCCUCACGACGAGGCUCUGCCCGGACAGGCUGUGCCGACACGAGUGCCUGGAGCCACUGAGCUCUGCAAGCUGGAGCCUGAGCCUCGCAGCCCCAGGCUGUGCGGAUCCGCUGGGAGCACGCCCGGCUGCGUGGGAACAGCGCGGCCCCGUGUCCCUUGGGCCCGGCCCCGUGCCAAGCACCGGGUGUCUCUGGGAAGGGACAGUGGCACGGUCCGUGCCUGCUUGCCAUGCACCAUGCCCUUUCCAAGCAGCUGUUGGAUGGAUUUCCACCCAUCCACCUCUCCCUGGUCCUCAGAUCUGGGUUGUUUAAUAGGGGGAGCAGAGGUGAGCUGGGGGCACGCUGUGUGCAACCAGACCCACACGCUCGGGGCGCAGGGCAGCAGCAGCACAGGUGUGACUCCUGCAGGAAGGGUCUCAGGGGGAGGCUGGGUUUGCUUGGGAAAGCUCCUUGUACGGAGCCUGAAUGCUGCCCAAAUGAGUUUAGCUGGCUGCUAGGGGUGCAAGGAGCUCACAGGUGCUUCCAGCCCGGCCCGAAAGCAGAGCGAGGACACACGGGAAGAUUUUCUAAUGCUGUAGGAGGUGGGGAAACUGAGGCAUGGCAGAAGGGUGGGAACCACGCAGCCCCUGCAGCACUGGGGCCCCGGGGGCACUGAGCAGCGCUGCAGGCAGGUGCCGAGCCCCGGGAUGGAGCAGGGUGCCCGGGGCUGCCUGAGUUCAAAGCCUGAAAAGCCGACCAUGCAGCUCCAUCCUGGGGCUGGCACCCAUGGUGCUGGGCUCAGCCCCUCGUACAUGCUGCCCCCAGACCCUCCACCGCCCUCCUUUGGAUGCUCUCUGAUAGCUUUGUGCCCUCUCUGUCCCUUCCAUCCCCACGGCCAAGCCCCGAUUCCAUGCCUGGAGGUGAUGUCCCCGUGUCUCUGAGCUGUCCCACCCCCUCCCAUGCAGCACACGGGGUCUCCUCACC